GACCUCUCCACGAAACAAACUCUUUCUUAGCUGUAGCUUUGUUGUCAUCCUCCUCAACGUCCUUCCUCCAACACUUCCUUUCAAUUUCCAUUUCGCGUUCUUCUAAACCUUCUUCCAUCCUCCUUGCAAUAUAUAUAUGACCUCCUACCUAAGUCACCUUUCCAUAAACAAAAGAGUUCUCAAGCAACUUUAUACGCAAAGGUCAGCUUGACUCUUGACUAUUUGCAUUUUACUCAUUACGUUUACGUGAGAGUUUAGUUACCUUUUGAUUCGAUCUUCCCGAUCGUUGUUGUGAUCAUCAUCAAUGGCGUCGACGACCGCGUGGAAUUAUGGGAUUGUGUUCGAAGAUUUCUUUCCGGCCAUGGUGGAGAAGUUGGGCGCAGAAGGGUUUAUGAAGGAGCUGUGCAACGGUUUUCGUUUGUUGAUGGAUGGAGAUAAGGGAAUGAUAACGUUCGAGAGCUUGAAGAGGAACUCGGCUUUACUGGGAUUAGAAGGCAUGAGUGACGAAGAGGUAUGGUGCAUGCUUAGAGAAGGCGAUUUGGACGGAGAUGGAGCAUUGAAUGAGAUGGAAUUUUGUACCCUCAUGUUUAGGUUGAGCCCUGGUUUGAUGGAGAGUUCUAAAGAAUUGUUGGAGGAAGCCAUUAUUGGUGAAUUCUAGGUUAAUAAUUCCUUGCAGUGCAUGCAACUGAUCCCCACCCCCACAAAAGAGAGACAAAAACAAAGCUAUGUUUCUGGUCCUUGUUCUGGCUAUGGUCCAUGUACUCCUUUCCGCAUUAAUGCAUGGGUAGUUUGUGUUGUUUGAGGAGGCUUUUCUUAUAGAGAAAUUUAGGCUUUAUUUAUGUAACCCAAAAAAGAUUAAUGAAUGUCGUAUCUUCGUGUUCAUGA